UAAAUAGCCGCGUCCCAGGCCUAAAUUCGUUGUGCCGUUGAGUUCCGCUUCUCUAGAGGUCUGGUCUACUCAACACUCUCUCCUCCCUCUUAGCAACCAAAGACUCAGAUCCGCUCGGAUUUCUUUGUCCCAGAACUAGAAUGGAGACCUUUCUAUUCACAUCAGAGUCCGUAAACGAGGGACACCCUGACAAGCUUUGCGACCAGGUCUCUGAUGCUGUUCUCGAUGCCUGCCUUGCCCAGGACCCUGACAGCAAGGUUGCCUGUGAAACAUGCACCAAGACUAACAUGGUCAUGGUCUUUGGAGAGAUUACCACCAAAGCCAACGUAGACUAUGAGAAGAUUGUUCGUGAUACAUGCCGCUCCAUUGGAUUUGUUUCUGAUGAUGUUGGUCUUGAUGCUGACAAUUGCAAGGUCUUGGUUAACAUUGAGCAGCAGAGCCCUGAUAUUGCCCAAGGUGUCCACGGACACUUUACAAAGCGUCCAGAAGAGAUUGGAGCCGGUGACCAGGGUCAUAUGUUUGGUUAUGCCACUGAUGAAACCCCUGAAUUCAUGCCUCUUAGCCAUGUCCUUGCAACUAAGCUCGGUGCACGUCUUACUGAUGUUAGGAAGAAUGGCACCUGCCCCUGGCUAAGGCCUGAUGGUAAAACCCAGGUCACUGUUGAGUACUACAAUGACAAUGGUGCCAUGGUUCCAGUUCGUGUGCACACUGUCCUCAUCUCCACCCAACAUGAUGAGACUGUUACAAACGAUGAAAUCGCUGCUGACCUCAAGGAGCAUGUCAUCAAGCCUGUCAUCCCUGAGAAGUACCUUGAUGAGAAGACAAUCUUCCACCUUAACCCAUCUGGCCGCUUUGUAAUUGGUGGUCCUCACGGUGAUGCAGGUCUCACCGGACGUAAGAUCAUUAUUGACACUUAUGGUGGCUGGGGAGCCCACGGUGGUGGUGCUUUCUCUGGAAAGGACCCAACCAAGGUGGACAGGAGUGGUGCUUACAUUGUUAGGCAGGCUGCCAAGAGCAUUGUAGCAAAUGGACUUGCCCGCAGAUGCAUCGUACAAGUCUCCUAUGCUAUUGGUGUGCCUGAGCCCUUAUCUGUCUUUGUGGACAGUUACGGAACCGGAAAGAUUCCGGACAAGGAAAUACUCCAAAUCGUGAAGGAGAACUUUGACUUUAGGCCUGGUAUGAUCACCAUCAACCUGGACCUCAAGAGAGGUGGCAAUAGUCGGUUCUUGAAGACAGCUGCUUACGGACACUUUGGAAGGGACGACCCAGACUUCACCUGGGAAGCUGUGAAGCCCCUCAAGUGGGACAAGCCCCAAUCUUAAGUUCAGCUCUGCUGCCUGUCUCAGUGCCUGCUUAUUCAUAGUACUGAAUAAUAUUGCCUUGCUGCUCACCUAUACUCUCUAUUUUCAUCCCCAGAAUGCUUCUAAUCUCAUUCAUAUAGUGCCCUAUUCAUUAUCCUUUUUUCUUUUUUCUCCCUUGAUUUUUUUUUUUUUUUUGGUUAUUCUGAGUUUGUGUCCUGUAUCAGUGUCGUAUUGCAAAAAUGUAUGAGAAUUUUGCUAUAAUAUAGUAAUGGCACUUGAAGUAACAA